AUGAGGCUCACCGGGUAUCUGGCCGUCGCGACGGCCAUCACUGCCGCUCAAGCUUCUCCGCACCCCGCAUACGGACAACAAGAGCCGAUCGGUGACUCGAUACUGUCUACGCAGGGUAGCAGUAACGUUCAUUCGCCAUCUGGACUGGAUAAUCUGAUCAGCAAUGAUUCCCUUCUGUCCUUCCAUCGGGAUUUGGUCGAGAUUGAGUCCAUCUCCGGCAAUGAGCACGAUGUCGGCAUCUUCGUAGCAGAGUUCCUCGAAUCGAAGGACUUCACUGUCAUUAAGCAGAAAGUCGCCCCAGUGAACAAGGAAGACGAUGACGAAGAACCUGCAAAGCCCCGUUACAAUAUUUACGCCUACCCGUCCUCUCUGUCAGAGCCUCCUUCUAUCCUCGUCACCAGCCACAUUGAUACCGUCCCCCCAUUCAUCCCAUACUCAGCCCACGAGCCCCAACCUGACCAGUUUGAAUCUGAUGAUCUCAUUCUAGCUGGCCGUGGUACUGUCGAUGCCAAGGGUAGUGUUGCGGCGCAAGUUUUUGCCGUGCUCGAGACCCUCCAGCAGACGCCGGAUGCGAAACUGGGUCUGCUUUUCGUCGUUGGCGAGGAAAUUGGCGGAGACGGCAUGAAGACCUUCUCUGAAUCUGACCUGAACGCCAACAGCGAAUACCACACCGUCAUUUUCGGUGAGCCGACAGAGGCAUCCCUGGUUUCUGGACACAAGGGCAUGCUCGGCUUUAAGAUCUUCUCCCACGGCAAGGCCGCACACUCGGGCUAUCCUUGGCUCGGGACCAGCGCUGUCUCAGGCAUCAUCCCUGCGCUGGCACGCGUGGAUCAGCUGGGCAAUAUACCCGUUAGCGAGGGUGGCCUUCCUUCCUCCCCGAAAUAUGGCCCUACCACCUUGAACAUUGGCGUGGUCCGCGCAGGCGUCGCGACCAAUGUAGUCCCUGCUUCAGCAUGGGCAGACGUCGCCGUCCGUCUGGCAGCUGGGACGCCCGAGGAAGCACGUGAAAUCAUCCGCCGUGCCGUGGAAAAUGCGACCCGUGACGUCGAGGCCGAGGUCAUUGUUGACUUCUCCACUCAUUCCGAGUCAUACUCUCCCCAGGACCUAGAUACUGAUGUGGAAGGGUUUGAUGUGAUUCCUGUCAACUAUGGCACCGAUGUCCCGAACCUGAAGGUCCGCUCAGGGGUUAAGCGGUAUCUCUAUGGACCGGGAACCAUCUUCGUUGCACACGGUGAUAACGAGGCUCUGACGGCAGGCGAGCUCAAAGAUGCAGUUUCUGGCUUCAAGAAGCUCAUUGAAGCUGCUCUCGAACGCGAGGAGGCUGGUCAAGUUACUUUGUAA